CGCGGCAGGGACUGGGGCCGGCGCCUGGCCAGGGAGCGGGGCUGCGGCGGGCGCGGACACAACCCGGGGCGGGCGGCCGGCCGGCCGGCAUCUCGGAACCUCGCAGCCGUCCCAGCCUCGACCUCCGCGGACCGCUGCCGCUUCCCCGUCGUUGCCCGCCGGGCAGGGCGGGCGUGAUGCGCCGCGGGACCCCUGCCCUGGCCUCGGGCCGCCGCCGCCGCCGCCGCUGAGAUACCCCCCCCCUUUCUUCUUCUCCCCGACGCCGCUUCCCCCCCCCCCCCCAAACGCCCGGGCGUCGCCGCAGCCAUGGAGAGCGGCCCGCACGCGGAGCCGGGUCCCGGCGCAUCCCCAGCUGUGGUAGCCAGGAUCCCCCCAGAGCCAAGACCUUCUCCAGAAGGUGACCCUUCUCCACCUCCACCACCACCACCAAUGUCAACCCUGGUCCCUGACACUCCCCCGGAUACCCCUCCUGCCAUGAAGAAUGCCAUUAGCCCCAAACCAGAGACCCCCGCCGAGCAGGUUGAGCCCAGACCAGCCCUGCUGCAGGAAGAUUCCCCUUCCUCAGACUCAAAGAGCAGAGGACCCACCCCACCUGCCUCAGGCCCGAGGGAUGCCAGGCCUCCUCGAAGGAGCAGCCAGCCCUCACCAACAGCAGUGCCAGCCUCUGACAGCCCUUCCACUAAGCAGGAUGUCAAGAAGGCAGGAGAGAGACACAAGCUGGCAAAGGAGCGGCGAGAAGAGCGGGCCAAGUACCUGGCGGCCAAGAAGGCAGUGUGGCUAGAGAAGGAGGAGAAGGCCAAGGUGCUACGGGAAAAACAGCUCCAGGAGCGCCGGCGGCGGCUAGAAGAACAACGGCUGAAAGCCGAACAACGCCGGGCAGCCCUGGAGGAGAGGCAGCGGCAGAAGCUCGAGAAAAACAAGGAGCGCUACGAAGCAGCCAUCCAGAGGUCAGUGAAGAAGACAUGGGCUGAAAUCCGGCAGCAGCGCUGGUCCUGGGCAGGGGCCCUACACCACAGCUCUCCAGGACGUAGGACUAGUGGGAACAGGUGCUCCGUGUCGGCAGUAAACCUGCCCAAACACGUGGACUCUAUAAUCAACAAGCGGCUCUCAAAGUCCUCUGCCACACUCUGGAACUCCCCCAGUAGAAAUCGCAGCCUGCAGCUGAGCGCGUGGGAGAGCAGCAUCGUGGACCGUCUGAUGACGCCCACCCUCUCCUUCCUGGCUCGGAGUCGCAGUGCGGUCACCCUGCCCCGAAAUGGCCGCGACCAGGGUAGGGGCGGCGGCCCUGGGAGACGCCCCAUCAGGGGCCGGGCAGGGGCCAGCCUCGGGCCUGGACCGCACCCCGACCGCACUCAUCCCUCCGCAGCCGUGCCCGUGUGCCCGCGCUCGGCCUCCGCCAGCCCCCUGACGCCUUGCAGCGCCCCUCGGAGCGUGCACCGCUGCACCCCCGCCGGGGAGCGCGGGGAGCGGCGCAAGCCCGGCUCCGGCGGCAGCCCUGCUUUGGCCCGCCGCCGGCCGGAAGCCUCGCCGGUGCAGAAGAAAGAGAAGAAGGAUAAGGAGCGGGAAAACGAGAAGGAAAAAAGCGCCCUAGCCCGGGAGCGCAGCCUUAAGAAGCGCCAGUCCCUGCCUGCCUCUGUGCGUCCGCGCCUCUCCACGGGCGCAUCCUCCCAGCCCAGCCCUAAAUCCAAGGCCCGGACGUCCUCUCCCUCCACAUCCUGGCCUAGGCCUGCCUCUCCUUGCCUUAGCCCUGGGCCUGGCCAUGCUCUGCCUCCAAAACCACCAUCCCCCCGAGGCACUACUGCAUCAUCCAAGGGGCGAGUUCGGAGGAAGGAGGAGGCAAAGGAGAGCCCCAGCCCAGCAGUGGCUCAGGACAAGAACCAGGACAAGGGCAGGGCCAGUGAUGAGAAGGAGCCUGCGGGCCCACCCUCACCAGCACCCUCACCUGUGCCCUCACCCAGCCCAGCUCAGCCCCAGAAGGAGCAUCCCACAGUGGAGACCCCUGCAGAUAUGCCUGUCCUGAUCUCAUCCCCAGCCCCUGCUCCCCCGGUGACCCCUAGCAAACCCAUGGCUGGCACCACAGACAGAGAAGAGGCCACUCGUCUCCUUGCUGAAAAGCGGCGCCAGGCCCGGGAACAGCGGGAGCGGGAGGAGCAGGAGCGGAGGCUACAGGCGGAAAGGGACAAGCGAAUGCGGGAAGAGCAGCUGGCACGAGAGGCUGAGGCUCGGGCUGAGCGGGAGGCCGAGGCCCGGAGGCGGGAGGAGCAGGAGGCCCGAGAGAAGGCACAGGCUGAGCAGGAGGAGCAGGAACGGCUGCAGAAGCAGAAAGAGGAAGCUGAAGCCCGUUCGAGGGAAGAAGCAGAGCGGCAGCGUCUAGAGCGGGAAAAGCACUUCCAGCGGGAGGAGCAGGAGCGGCAGGAACGUAAAAAGCGUCUGGAAGAGAUAAUGAAGAGGACUCGGAAAUCAGAAGUUGCUGAAACCAAGGUGGUUGACAUAGCCCUUGAGCCUGACUGCUCUUCCUCUUCAAAGCAGAAGCAGGACCGAAAGGAGGCCACAGCCAACAAUUCCAGCCAAGACCCAGAGAAAGCAGUGGAGGCCAGGCCCUCGGGCCUGCAGAAGGACACUAUGCAGAAAGAGGAGCUGCCCCCCCAAGAGCCACAGUGGAGCCUGCCAAGCAAAGAGCUGCCAGGGUCCCUGGUGAAUGGUCUGCAGCCUCUUCCAGCACACCAGGAGAAUGGCUUCUCCCCCAAGGGACCUUCUGGGGACAAGAGUCUGGGCCGAACACCAGAGGCACUUCUGCCCUUUGCGGAGGCAGAAGCCUUUCUCAAGAAAGCUGUGGUGCAGCCCCCGCAGGUCACAGAAGUCCUUUAAGCUGUUGCCUAGGAUCCAGGUGCGGCCAUGAAGGCUCCUCUUGGUCAUCUACCCAGAUGUCUGCAGAAGAAAGAGACAGAGCGAAGAUGGAAGUGGCCUGGGCCCCUGGGGGUGGGUCUUCUCUGUUGUUUUUAAUCUGCACCUUAUAGACUGAUGUGUCUUUGGCUGGAGCCAGACCCUGCCCCUCAGUGCAUUCGUGUGCUCACACGCGCGGUCACCUCUCCCCCUACACACACAUACACUCACAGCCUUUCUGGCCUCCCCCCUGGGGAAGGGCUACCUGUAGUAUUGCCUUGGUUUGGUGGGGUACAGUGGAUGUGAAUACUGUAAAUAGCUUGUGCUCAGACGCCUCAGCGUGGCAGGGGUGGGAGGCAGACCCUCCUCCUCCCAAGGGUCCCUGGGGAGAUCUUCCUCCCUCUAUUUAACUGUAACUGAGGGGGAACUCAGGUCUGGGAAUGGGGGGACACCUUGGUCCAUAGGAUACUUGGUUGCUUCAGGGGUAACCAUGCUCCCUGCCCUCGCCUGGAAUCAGUGUUAUUGCAUCUGAUCAAACUUCUCCUGAAAUAAAGUGAGAAUAAUUCUGCCAA